GAACAUGCGCAAGUCGAUGUAGAACGCGGGAAACACAUGUCGAGUAUGUACACCUUUUUGCUUCAUUACAGUGAGAAAUUGCACUUCCCGGAGCAUUCGCGUCUGGACAGCGGUCGUUUAUGUGGUGCGGUUCUUCUCCCGUUUCGCGAGUCGGGUUUCUGUGCUGUCUCCCACGCGACGCAAAGCCCCUACGCGCUGAAUUCCCGUCUCGAUGUCUCCUGAACAGUCCUGCGCCCGAAACACGUAGUUUGGCGUAUGAUUUCACAGGUACGGAGGCGAGUUUUCGUGAGGAAGACUCGGCGGUGUUAAUGGCAACCUCAGGAACAAAAUAGAGUCUUCUCUGGAUAGCUGAAAGCUCCGUCUCAGCAACCUGUGCCCGGCGUCCACAGCGUUUUUGAGUCCAUGGCAACGCCGGAGGAUUCACGGGGUCGAGAAGUAUCCUCGCCAACUUCAAUUUCCUCCGCUUUUUCGUGGCUUUGAUUGCCGCCUUUCCCCAAGAUCCACGCCACUUCUCCGGUCCGCGGUUCCCUCGUUCCUGCCAUGGCACUCCGGAUCGCGGAGGUCUGGAACCCGCGAACGGUUCAGGCCGGGCUUCUCCUGCCGACUUUCUGGGUUUCCAUGGGAGUGCUCGUGCUUGCUGUUUCCCACGUGACGCAUUCCUCUCCUUCGCUCUUGAGGUCGCGCCCUGCCUCGCACAGUACCGGCGGCAUUCUGCAAAUUUAUCCUCGUGUGCAGGGGUCCACCAAGCCUGGACAGCCCCUGGGGUGCCUGCGUUGCUUCUUUCCCUCGGGUGUGCAUACACCGGACGCUUCCAGCGCUCUGUCGAUUUCGAGCAGCAGCCGCUCUCCCGCGCACACUUGUCCGCCGGCGUGCGUCGAAAACGGUGUCAGAAUUCCGAUCGUACCGUCGCCUGCCGCUCUGUCUGACCAGUUCCAGUGUUUUCUCGCGCCCAGUCUGUCCACUGCUUCGCGUUCUCUGUCUCGUUGCUCUCUGCAAGCGCCACGCGCAGGUCUGUCGUCUUUCGUCCACACAGGGUUACCCUCCAGGACUUCUCUCAGUGGCGCCUCCCUUUCUCAGCGGCUUCCUCUCUUCAACGUAGGCGGCCGCCCGAUGCUUUCUGUGACCCCGCUCUCUUCGUCCAAGCUUGGAUCCGUCUCUGAGUCCGAUGGACGGCUAGUUGCGUCCGAUGGACUCGCCACCCCUGGCACGUCGGCGGGUUCCCCUGACAGCCCUCAGUUUCCUUCGUUUCCCUCGAACCCGGCCACCGGCUUUUCCCCCUUCUCAAACGGCGAUUCUGCGGCGCCUCUGCCUGCGCCAGCCGAUCCUAUCUACCCCGCACCUCUGACGGCGGAAACGACCAUGGCGGGGCGGCGCUUGGAAGUCGACCCAAGUGGACCUUUGGGGCAGAUGCAGGCCUUGCUCCGCGAGGGCAUCUACAAAGCAGGUCCCUACAUCCAGGAGUGGCCUCAAAACGAAGAGCGGGACGUCGACAUGCUCGUCACCAAGCUCGAUGAAACCGCUGCAAUUUCACCUGGACAGAAGACUGUGAUUCAACUGCCGUUUCGAGAGCGCGACCGCAUGGUCCGGCACAUGCGGGCGACGCGAUCGGCGACAAUCUUUCUGGGCUACGUGGACUACCGAGAGGAAGGCGACGUGGAGAUUGCGCGUCCCCAGGAGAACCGAAGUGCGUUGACGGGGCCGCCUCCCAACAGCCAAGGCACCAAGGACGACUACAUGCUCAUUGGUUAUGGCGCCAUUGCCGAGCCGACGGAGAUCCACAUGCUGGACAAGAGCGGCGAACUCGGUCUCCGAAUCAUGGGCCGGGUGAAAAUCGUCUCUGUGCUCGAAGCCUCGGAGCUCAGCUUCCGGGUUCGCGUCGUGCCCCACAAAGAUGAGAAUAAACGCGACGGCUUUGUUAACCCGCUGGUGUCAAGAGAAAACAUCAAGGCGCUCUACAGUCUGUACGAUCGAGUUAACAAGAUGGAACUUCUUUACCGGAAGCUGGAAGGAAAGAUGCAUCAAGCCCAUCUCGUGUCCCUGAGACCAAGUCUCGAAGACAAGGUGGACGAAUUCGUCAACGAGACAUCCGGAGCAACAGAACAGGACAUCGGCGAAUGGGUCUCCUUCUGUGCCAUGGAUCAUCACAUCGAUGCUCGAGCAAGGUGCUGGGCUAUGGCACAGCAGGACACGGAACUGCGUCUAGAUGUUGUGAGGCGGUCACUCGAAGACAAGCUUCGGCAGCUGCAGGCAGAAGUCAAACGACUGAAGGACCAGCCGGGGUUCCGCGAUCCGGAAGACGUCAAGGCGCCAAUUUCUGAACCAGUACCGCUCAACAUCAAACUUUGAGGCGCGAAAGAACCUGAACCACAACUGGUGUUCCCCGGAACUUCGUUGUGCCUGUUGAAUUUCUCCAAGUUUAGCCGGUGUCGCGCUCGUUGUACACUGCGGCUACUAGUCUGAGGGAAUACAACUGUAUCCAUUUUCAAUCCAUACGUCAUCAAGAGGAGCUCUUGUGAGACGGGUCGUGGCGCGCUGCAUCCGUUAAACACGCAGCUGUACGUAGGCGUGCCCGUGAAUGUCUUGUUUGCGCUGGAGUACAUGGCGGAAGUCCAUGCAUUGAGUGACACGCAACAGGUAUCGGUCAGCGUUUUGCACUCCUUCAGUCUCGUUUCCGAGAAGGAACAAACUCGAGG